AGUGGUAAACAUGGCUGCAGUGGUAGAUGGUUUUGAUCUUCUUUUCCGACAAGUUUCGAACGGUUUUCAUAUCUACUCUGAGGUCUUGUCAUUGAUCGGAGCUUACUAUGUGACAAAGAAAGUUAUUGUCACCUGUUACAGGGUGCAGUAUGUUAUCCGGAUGCAUCUUUAUCCUAAACUGAGACCAAAACGAGAUCUUGUCAAAGAAUUCGGAGAGUGGGCAGUUGUAACUGGUUCCACCGACGGUAUAGGUAAAGCAUAUGCUAUGGAAUUAGCUCAUCAUGGAGUGAACAUCAUUCUCAUCAGUCGCUCUAACGAGAAACUCAGGAAGGUGGCUUCAGAGAUCGAAUCUUUCUAUGGAGUAAAGACUCAUGUGAUUAAAGCAGAUUUCAGCCUUGGAUCUGAGAUAUAUGAAGACAUCUCAACUAAACUACAGGGCAUGCAGAUAGGUAUCUUAGUGAACAAUGUUGGUGCCAUGGAUUAUCCACAGCUCUUCCUUGAGAUGGAUGCAGAUCGUAUAAGACAACUCAUCAAUAUCAAUAUUGGAGCUGCUACCAUGAUGACAAAGCUUGUUCUACCUCAGAUGGUUGAGAGGAAGUGUGGAGUAGUGGUGAAUGUCUCCUCAGGAACGUCCAUUCAUCCCAGCCCACAACUAGCCCUAUACUCAGCAUGUAAGACCUACGUUGAUGUGUUCUCACAAGCAUUAGAGUAUGAAUACAAGGAUUAUGGGAUCAUCGUUCAGACUCUGCUGCCCUCGUAUGUAGCAACAAAGAUGGCUGACUUUGGAGAGACGAUGCCCAGAUCUCGUUUCUUGAUCCCUUCUGCAGCUGUAUAUGCUAAGCAUGCAGUAGCAAGCAUUGGAAUCGCUAACAGAACAGCAGGGUAUUGGCCUCAUGCUGUGCAGUCCUGGAUUGCAAGACAGAUUCCUAGGAACACCUGGAUGUGGGGUGCAAACAUUCUAAAUAGCGCCCUCAGAAGGCAAGCAGAGGUCAGGAGAAAGUUAAAGAUUGUAAAGUCAAGCUCCAAAGGCAAGCUAGCAAGCAAAUCACCAACCGCUGAAUCAGCAAGCAAGUCAGUCUGACAGGCAUGUUCAUACUGCUGUAUCAGCAAGCAAGUCAGUCUGACAGGCAUGUUCAUACUGCUGUAUCAGCAAGCAAGUCAGUCUGACAGGCAUGUUCAUACUGCUGUAUCAGCAAGCAAGUCAGUCUGACAGGCAUGUUCAUACUGCUGUGUCAGCAAGCAAGUCGGUCUGACAGGCAUGUUCAUACUGGUUUCUUGCCAUUGUCAAAACUAUUGGCUACAGUGCAAUCUGUAUGAGGCAUGUGAACAAUAAACCUGAACCAGCUUUGGCUGUUCAACAGAGCACCUUUACACUCUAACAAUGUGGAAGUCCCGAGUUUAGAUACACGGGGAAUGAAGAAUUUAGUACCCUUUUUGUAAAAUGCCUCAACAAUGUUUUAACAAACCUUUGUGUUCCAUGCUCCAGAACUAAAUAGAAGAAGCACUGACAUUCUGGUUUAAAUUAUGAUUUUGUGUCAAUUUGACUGGCACAUGUCUGUCGUUUCUUAAGAAAGGCAAUUUAGUGUCCUUAAGUGGGGAAGGCACUUCAAUUUCAUAUUGUAGAAGCUAUAUUAGCAAAUUUGUAAAAAUUGAAAUGAAUUUCAAAUCCAAAUUAUUUGUUAUAAAGAUCUAUGUGACAUCUAUAUUGAGGUUUACCAGAGAAUAAUGAUUGUGAAAUAUGUUGUGGAAUAAUGUGUAUGCUACAUUACAAUCAAAUUAUCUUGGGCUGAACCUCAGAUGUCACAUCGGAAUGACUAUAUUUUCAUUGUGUGACCAUGGCAAGUAUAGAUGCACUGGACUCAUACUGUAUGUGCAUUGUGUAAUACUGAAAAACAAUUUUCAGAGUAUUGACCUUUCUCUCACUGCCCGGCAUUUCAGCUUUUUUGUCAAGUUUACCUUACCGAAAUGGGUUUCAUUUGAUUCCUUGUCCCUGAAAAUGUAUGUUUAGCACUUAAAAUAUCUAUGUUAUUCAGAAGCAGAGAUAUAAGGAAAUAUCAGAUUCAUGGGUGCCAUUUUGAAAAAUGGCCGCCAUGGAACUUCCCCCCACCAGGAUUCCUUAAGACUUUUGAUGUUAUAGAGGACAUAUUUCUGGGUAUAAAACAGUUGACAGACUUUCUGUUGCAAUUAGUGGGAGGUUGACCCCUUUUUUCACAGAAUGCCUGGACUACACAUGAUACAUUUCAGAUUGUAUUUUCAUCCAUAUCUAUAACAGUAACAGGGUAUCGUUUAUCAAUUCUUUGUGCUUAUUGUUUCAUGAAAAAACUAAAUGAGUUUUGACCAAAAUGUCUCUGUGUGCCCAUCUACUGGCCUAGAUGUUGUAGUCAUGAUUAUGUUAGUGUUUGUAGCAGCAUAGAAAGCAUACAUGUGUACAUAUAUUGUAGAAUAUAUUAUAAUUCCUUCUUUUUUUUUUUCCUCAUCUUGAUCAUCAUUAUCAAUGGAUUUAUGACAUUAUGUAGUCUUAAAGGGGAAGUCCGCCCUGAUAUUAAGUUGGUUUUAAUAGAAGCAAAAAGUGACAAAAAAACAGGUCAGUGAAAGUUUGAGCUAAUACCGAUGAUAAAUGAAAAAUUCAAAUUUUAAAAAGUUGCUAUCAAUCAAAGACAUAUUGGCAUCUCUGUGACGAAUCUUUCCAGCUUCCUUCCCAAUCGCCCAUUGACAAUUUGCAAUCAUACAUUUACCCUCGAUAUAAUUAUUGCAAAUACGUUUUUUUAUACAACCCCUGUAAUCUUAAUUUAUUCUGUCACCAAUAACUAAGAAAAUAAAAGUUCAUGAAAAUUUCUGUACAGAAGGAAUUGGAGAGGAGCUAGCAAGAUAUGUCACAGUGUUGCCAAUUUGUGUUUGAUUUAAAUUGCAACUUCAAAAAUUGAUAACUUUCUUAUUUGUCAUCUGAUUUUGUUCAAACUUUCACUGAUCUGUUUGUCUCAUUUGUCUGCUUAUAUUAAAACCAACUUAAAGACACUCAGUAGUCAGCUCUCAUGGGGAAUUCGACACCGUCUGGGUGUUAACCCAACAACAGGUGUUGUCAAUCACCCGGGUUAGCCUUGAGUUUUAUGACCAUUAGACCUUAUGUAAUGCUUUGCUUUCCCCCGUUACCCGAAAACUCUUGAGUAUUAUCCGAGAGAUUAGGGGGGAAUUCUUGACUGAUCAACGGGUUUGCUGUGUGCAGAUUUGUACUCCAGUCCCAUUAAUGGUAUUUCCACCAAGUCUGGUGGCAGCGAAUUAUGGCCUUCUGCACAUGGAAACUGCUGAUACAGUCCCUUUAAUAUCAGGAGUAGACUUCCCCUUAGAUCGUUUCAUGAAUGAAAAUGUUCUAUUGUUGAACCAAUGCAUCAAAACCUUUUCUAGAUCUUACACAAAUCUGGUGUGGAUUUUGGCUUUAUCAUAGACCAAGAUCAUCAUGGGAGCUAGCUUUGAUCAGAAAACGGGUUUUUGCUCUGACUUCAGUUUCUAGAGUUCUUGGCCCUAGCUUUUUCCCUGCCAAAGUUCUUUCACCUUUAACCUUUUUUGACCUUUUCUUUUUGUCUGGACUUGAUUUGAAAUAAAGUACAGACUUCUGUUGCAGAAAAAUAAAAAGCUGCAAAAGCUAAUAUUUCAAUUAUUUCUGAAGAGUGUAUCAGUGCAUGUUAUCCCCUGCUUUAGUUAGUUAGAAUUAGUGGUAACUUAGAAUAUACACGCAUACAUACAGUACAUUGACCUCAGGUCUAUCAAAGUAAAUCUUUUAAUUUAGACUUGUUAUGAAAUAAAUUUGUCAGCUGGCAUAUGUAAGAAAUUGUUUCCAUUUAUUUUCCACACAGACUUUCUGAUCUUUUUCAGCAUAGGGGAAUUGAUUUAUAUGAUAGGAUGCAGGAAAGUCAGGGAAAUUGUUGAAUGUUUUUUAGAAACAGUAGACACUGAAUAAUACACUUUGAAUUUGUGAAAGUCAAGUUUACUUGUGUACAUGUCAGUUUUAAUAUAGCUCUAUACUACAUAUAAAGUGAGAAUUCGCAUGUGAUGUUGUACAAAGAACCAUCACAAUAAAUUCUUUUCGUUCUGUUUCUUCUGAGUAAUGAAAUUAUAGACCAAUGCUGAAUGUCCUAUCUAUAAAAUAAUACAGAAAAUACAUCAUUAAACCACUAUUAUUCCUUCGUGUGUAACAUUAUUUUCAGUUUCAUUAAUUUACUGUAAUCAACAAAUAAUUGAGUUCACACCAUAAUAUGAAAAGUCUGCUCACAUGACAAUGCAUAUAAAUACUCUCCACAUUCAGAGAUCUAUGAAUUUCCAAGUCCAGUUUUGCUCAAACUUUCAGUAAAAAGUCAUUCUUACUUUUGUGCUUGUACCAUGGCAAUUGUUUCACUACAUGCUAUUUUUCCUUGUAAACCUUUUCUUUGGGCAGGUUCCGAGCCCAUGUACAAAUAACACACAGGGUUUUAUCUUGCAAUAUCGUGUAAGUGUCACAUUAGAAUGUCGUGUAUUUUUACUUUAAAAUAAUAAUUAAAUGGAAAAAAGGAACAGAAAUUGAUUGAUUAUGAACAUCUUAUUAUUAUGUAAGUACAGUUUUUUAUCAAACAUGAGAUGUGAUAUCUAAAAUAAACUUGUUGAUGAUAUAAUGGA